AUGGCCCCUCGCUCCCAGAUUGAGAUCACCACUUCUUCAGUCCUUCGUCUGGUGAGGGAGGAAGCCUCAUACCACCGUGAGCUAGAGCAGCAAGCCGAGCGCAUCAAGAAGCUCGAGGAUCAGAAGGAUGGUGAUGAUGAGAACAAGGAGUACCUUGUGAAGCAAGAGAACCGGGCUUUCGAGGAGACUAAGCAGUUACUCCCUAUCCUGCAGGGCAAGAUACUUGAUGCAGUGGCGGACUUGAAAAAUCUCAUAACCGAGGAAAACUUGAAGCCUGAGCCUAAUAAUGAGCUCAUCGCCGCUGCUAAUGAGGCCAUCAAUACGGCCUCGUAA